GUUCCUGGCGCUGAGGACAAGGUUCCUGCCGCUCAGGACAAGGUUCCCGCCGAUGAGGACAAGGUUUCUGGAGCUGAGGACAAGGUUCCUGGCUCUGAGGACAAGGUUGCUGGCGGUGAGGACAAGGUUCCUGGCACUGAGGGCAAGGUUGCUGACGCUGAGGACAAGGUUCCUGGCGCUGAGGACAAGGUUCCUGGCGCUGAGGACCAGGUUCCUGGCCGUCGGAACAAGGUUCCCGGCGCUGAGGACAAGGUUCCUGGCGCUGAGGGCAAGGUUGCUGGGGUUGAGGACAAGGUUCCUGAUGCAGAGGACAAGGUUCCUGGCGCUGAGGACAAGGUUCGUGGCGCUGAGGAGAAGGCUCCUGGCGCUGAGGACAAGGUCCCUGGCCCUGAGAACAAGGUUGCCGGCGCUGAGGACAAUGUUCCUGGCGCUGAGGGCAAGGUUCCUGGCCGUGAGGUCAAAGUUCCUGCUGCUGACGACAAGGUUCCUGGCGCUGAGGACAAGGUUCCUGACGCUGAGGACAAGGUUCCUGACGCUGAGGACAAGGUCCCUGGCGCUGAGGACAAGGUUCGUGGCCGUCAGAACAAGGUUCCAGGCGCUGAGGACAAGAUUCCUGGCGCUUAGGAGAAGGUUUCCGGCGCUGAGGGCAAGGUUGUUUGGGUUGAGGACAAGCUUCCUGAUGCUGAGGACAAGGUUCCUGGCGCUGAGGACAAGGUUCGUGGCGCUGAGGACAAGGUUUCUGGCGCUGAGGACAAGGUUACUUGUCUUGAAUACAAGGUUCCCGGCGCUGAGGACAAGGUUGCUGGCGCUGAGAACAAGGUUCCUGGCGGUGUGGACAAGGUUCCUGGCGCUGAGUGCAAGGUUCCUGGCGCUGAGGGCAAGGUUUCUGGCGCUGAUGACGAUGAGGACAAGGUUCCUGGUGCUGAGGACAAGGUUCCUGCGGCUGAGGAUAAGGUACCUGACGCUGAGGACAAGGUUCCUGGCGCUGAGGACAAAGUUCCUUGCGCUGAGGACAAGGUUGCUGGCGCUCAGGAUAAAGUUCCUGGCGUUCAGGGCAAGGUUCCCGGCGCUGAGGAUAAUGUUCCUGGCGCAGAGGAUAAGGUUCCUGGCCGUGAGGACAAAUUUCCUAGUGCUGAGGACAAGGUUCCUGGCGGUGAGGACAAGGUUCCUGUGGCUGAGGACAAGGUUCCUGACGGUGAGGACAAGGUUCCUGACGCUGAGGACUAGGUUCCUGUGGCUGAGGACUAGGUUCCUGACGCUGAGGACAAGGUUCCUGACGCUGUGGACAAGGUCCCUGGCGCUGAGGACAAGGUUCCUGGCCGUGAGAACAAGGUUCCUGGCGCUGAGGACAAGGUUCCUGGCGCUGAGGACAAGGUUCCUGGCGCUUAGGACAAGGUUUCUGGCGCUGAGGGCAAGGUUGUUGGGGUUGAGGACAAGGUUCCUGAUGCUGAGGACAAGGUUCCUGGUGCUGAGGACAAGGUUCGUGGCGCUGAGGAGAAUGCUCCUGGCGCUGAGGACAAGGUCGCUGGCCCUCAGGACAAGGUUCCCGGCGCUGAGGACUAUGUUCCUGGCGCUGAGGACAAGGUUCCUGGCCGUGAGGACAAAGUUGCUGGUGCUGAGGACAAGGUUCCUGGCGGUGAGAACAAGGUUCCUAGCGCAGAGGGCAAAGUUCCUGGCGCUGAGUACGAGGUCCCUGGCGCUGAGGACAAGGUUCCUGGCGCUGAGUGCAAGGUUCCUGGGGCUGAGGACAAGGUUCCUUACGCUGAGAACAAAGUUCCUGGCCUUGAAGACAAGGUCCCUGGCGCUGAGGACAAGGUUCCUGGCGCUCAGGGCAAGGUUCCCGGCGCUGCGAAACAUUAUCAGUCUCUUCGGCCUCUAAAGUCGAGUUAGGUGGAAUAGUCUUUGCUCGAUCCAGCAACGUUUUUAUCACACCUUUUUUAUCAUUAACAUGGCUGUGAGCAUAGGCGUACCUGGCGGGGGAGGCGGGGGUGGGGUGGGGUUGGACGGUAACCCCCCCCCCAGUUUUUUGGGCAGUCGGGCGAUAUUCGAUCAACAGUCGGGCAAUUUUGGUUUGUAAUAAAAAUAAAUGGGACAAAUUCUGUCAAUUUUUUCCGAAAUUCAGUAUUUUUUUUGGAAAUUCAGUACAAUUUUGUGUUCUUUGGCAAAUUUUAGUGAUGUUUCGAAAAAUUUUGGUAUGUCCGGAAAAAAUUUUUGACCCCUAAAAUGGUACACUGACCGAAAUUUUUUUGGCGACGGGGGGGGGGGAGGUCGCUGAAACAAUUUUUUCCGGGAAAAAUUUUUUCGGUACUAGUCGGGCAAAAUCCCGAAAAGUUGGGCAAUUUGUUUCCGCUCCCCUAAUUUUUUCCUUCCGGUACGCCCAUGGCUGUGAGAAUCAAACCCCAAAUAUUUAUCAGUGUGUGUACUUUUUCGAAAUUCUUUCACAGCAGUGUUACCAUAUGCGGUACUGAGUAAGUUUGUAUCUGAACAUGCUAUUGUUUGACCUCCGUCUCCAUUCACAAAAGGCAUUUCAAUCGUAACUACGUACUGGAUAUGAGGGUUAAUGGAGUUCAGAUGUUGAUGGAAUAGCGGAACGUCCGGUUGUUUUAAGCAGGCAUUAGAUUCGUCCUCAUACCUUUUGCACCACCUUACCGAAACGGGCGAUGUUUCUAGUACGACUUUCUCGAUUCUCUGGAUAACUAGUUCCGCAAUAAUUGCGGUCAGUGGCGAACCCAUAGGACAUCGAAAUAUUUGAUGGUAGUGACAGUCGUCAAACAUGAAAUAGCUAUUGUUUAGUAUAUGAACUUUAAUAAGUUGUAAAUCUGUUCUGCGGUAAAUUUGUGUGUUGUGUUCAAAGAUUUGUGUUUGCAAGCUCUUCUUUUACGAUUUGCAGAGCCAAAUCAAUGGGAAUUUAAUUGACAUGAACAAGGAGGUUACGUCAAACGAUACAAGCUGUUCGUCCGGAUUAAUUUUCUGGUUGGUGACAAAAGUUGCAAAUUCGGAAAUUCCUUCGAUUUUUUUUACUGUAUAG